AUAAAAUUGUAAAGUAAUGCAAAGGCUGUUACUGUGUUGAGAAAUGAGAGAUUGAAUUUCUAACAACUAAAGGAUCGUUUGGUUGGGAAAUUGUGAUUUUGGGAUAAUUAAUAUUGAGAUUAUUUGAAAUAAUUUAUUUUAUCGUAUAUAUGGAAUAAGUUAUUCCAUUAUUAUGUAUCUCACUAUUGAUUAAUUCUUCCAAUUAAAUAUGGGAUAAAUUUAUUUCAUCGUAUAUAUGAAAUAAGUUAUUUCAUCACUAUAGUAUAAAUGGUGAAGUAUUUUAUUUUAAAAUUAUUUAUCUCUUAAAUUAUUUAUAUCUAACAUCAAACGAUCCUUAAAAGGAUAGAGAUAUUUUCUUCGGCAGACCCGAGAAAAGGAAAAGAUAAAUGGUUUAAGUAUAUUAAAUUUGUUGAAAUUUCACUUUGGAUUCUUUAAUUUAGAUUUGUACCUAUUAUGUAUCUAAUUCAUUCAAAAUUUGAUUCAUUUAAGUUUAUUUUUAUUCACGUGAUGUCGCGUGGUAUUCACUCAUUGUGGACACAUGAAUAAAUUUUAUAUAAUAUUUUAUUUUUAUUUUUUGAAAAUUUUAUUUAAUAAAAAGAAAAGAUAUAUUUUCCCCUUGAAUUUUUCCUCCUAACUCACUAUAACACUUAAACUUAACUUUCGUUUAUUUAUCUCUCUUAACAUCUUUAAAUCGAAUUAUUUCACCCUUUUAACAGCCUAAUCCAAGUCAAAGCUGGAUAUUGUUAAGCACGUGCCUUUUGAUUGGUUAAUGUUAUAAUUCGAUCUUUUCUCGUUUAUAAUCCGAUCCACUUUAAUCAAAUACUCGAAAACCUAAAAAAUAAUCUAUUUCAGCUUUUUCUCUAAAACCUCUCUAUUUCAGUCGAUUUGACUCAAAUUCAGUCGGUUUCACAUGAUUUCACUUCAAAUGGUUUUUUAUGAAAUUCAUGGUUACUACGAUGAAAUUUGACUACUCCAAUAAUUAUUAAGAUUGUUUUACUUUGAUAUUAGAAUUUUUGCCAUGAAUAAUUCUAAGCUACUAUCUUUUUUAUUUUUCUUCAGAUUAACCAUGAAUGUUGUGUAUGUUAUAUUGAGGUUUCACCAUGGAGGUAAAUUAUAACAAAAAUCGAGUAUUAAGUAUCAGGUACUGUUACUGACUGUUUCAAUGUGGAUGUAGACAGACUUUCUUACUUUGAAUUUAUUAAUAUCGUAAAGAAAAUUAGGUAUAAUUGUUCCUCGUGUAUUGUUUAUCUCAGACCUCUAAAAAAAAAAUUAAUAAUAGUAAUAUGUGAUAGGGAUAUUUUAGGUAUUUUACCUCUACUUAGAAAUGGAGAUGUUAUUGAGUUAUAUUUGACACAUUUAGUUGAUGUGGCAAAUGUGGUCCCAUCUAUUGAGUAUGACUCUCAUGUAGGAGGAGAAUCUUGUCCUGAUUUUUAUAAAGAGUUAAGUGAAGACUUAGGGGCUGUGAUGAUUUAGAGUUUGAAGAGGACUUUGUAGAAGCUGCAAUAUCUUAUGAACGUACUUUUACUAAAAAUUUGAGUGAUUAUGGUACUACAGAUAGGGGUGAAGACCUAGAUGGUGGUGGUGAUGUUUCUUUUAUUGGUAAGGACUUAGGUGGUUGUGGUGGUGGUGUUUUUGCUAUUAGUGGUGGCUUGGGUGAUGGUGGUGUUGUUGCUAGGGGUGAGAACUUAGGUGGUGGUAGGAGUGAUGAUUUGGGUAGUGUAAAUGGUGUUUCUGCUACUAGUGAGAAUUUGGAUAGUGUUUCUGCUGUUAUUAAUCAGAAGUUAGAUGACACUGCUUUUGUUACUGCAACAGAUGUCCCAAUUAUUCCAUCAGAUUGGGAAAGUGAAAGUGAUGUUAAUGAAAAAUCAGAUUAUUGUGAUUUCUUUGAUGAAGGUGGAGAUGAUGAGUAUGGUAGUGAUGUUCAUGAGGAGGUAAGAAUUUUGAGGGAAUAAAAGAGGGCCGCCAAAAAAAAUUGAUUUGAUGAAAUCAAAAAGAGAAAAAAACAAGAGCCUAAAGCAAGAGGUGUUAGCUUAGGUAAAAAGAGAGUGGAUGUGGGAUAUGAUGUAAUUUUAUCCAAGAAAAAAAAUAGUAUAGAGGGCAAGAUAGCUGGAGAUGAGACAUAUAUUGAUUCAAAUGAUGAGGUAAGUUUUAAAAUAGAUUCUGAUCAGGAUAUUUAUGGGAAUGCUGAGGUUGAACAGCCUGCUAGAAGAGAAGGAAAAGUAAGGAGAGCAAAAGAAAUUAUAAGAAGAUUAUGCUUGAUCCUACUUGUAAAUUAAUAGUUUGAGAGCUUGGACUUUGUUUUGCAAAUGUUGGAGAGUUUAGAAAAGCUCUUACUAGAUAUGUUGUUCAAGAACAUGUAGAGCUAAAUAAGUUUGUGAAUGAAUAAAAAAGGGUUAAGAGUAAAGUGUGUAGAUGGUUGUCCAUGAUUGUUAUUUGCAAGCAUUGAUUCUAGGAGUACAUAUUUUCUAGUUAAGAAGUACAUUUCAGUCCACAAAUGUAAUGCCACAACAAAGAAUGAAUUGGUGAAUUCUAAGUAUUUAGCAGAAAGGUAUAUGGACAGAAUAACAUCAGAACCUAGAAUUAGAGUUUUUCAGAUUUAAGAGUUAGUAAAAAAUUAUUUAAAGGUAUAUAUAGGGAGGAUUGUAGCAAGAAAAGUUAGAAACAUUGUGUUGAAGCAAAUUAUGGGUGAUCAUACGGAGGAGUUCAAAAGAAUUUUGGAUUAUAGGAAUGAUCUUUUAAAGAUUAAUCCAGGUAAUCCAGGUAAUACAUGUGUAGUGAGGCUUAGUGAAGAAACUUUUGAAGGUGAAAGAAACAGUUCCAAUUUUUUCACAUAUGUUUUGAUGCUUUGAAGAGAGCAUUCAAAGAUGGUGCCAGGAAAUGUAUUGGGUUUGAUGGUUGUUUUUGGAAAGGUGUUUGUAAGGGUCAAUUACUUGUAGCUGUUUGUAAGGAUCGGAAUAACCAGAUGCUACCACUAGCUUGGGUAGUGGUUAAAGUUGAAAACAAAUUCACUCGAAAAUGAUUUGUUAGACUUCUGAAAAAUGAUCUUGAACUGGUAGAUGGGUCUGAAGUGAUUACUAUUACUGAUAUGCAGAAGGUAACCUCAUAUAUUUUCUCUUAUUCAUUUUCUGAAUUUUUUUUUUGGACCUGUUUCAUCCUUAUGUCAAUUGAUAUAUUUUAUUUUGUUUGAGGGUCUUGACGGUGCAAUUUCAAAUUUGCUCUCAAAUGCAGAGCAAAGAAUGUGUGCUAGACAUGUUCUAGCCACUAGUCUAAGAAUUGAAGAGGUAUUGAAAGAAGAAACUAUUUUUGGAAGUGAGCCAAAUCUACAUAUGAGCAAGAAUUGAGAAGAAAUUUAGAACAUAUGGAGAUGUUAGGAGAUAAAAUUUGUAGAAAUCUUCUGUGGUACAACAUAGAAAGGUGGUCUAAGGUUUACUUCAAAUAUCACAGUUAUUGUGAUAGUGUUGACAAUAACAUGGUUGAAAGCUUCAACUCAUGGAUACUAGGGGCAAAAUACAAGACUAUCAUAUCAAUGCUUGAGGAAAUAAGGGUUAAGGUGAUGAGAAGAAUAGGACAAUUGAGACAGUUUUCUGAAACAUGAAUUACUGAUAUUUCUCCUAUUGCACUAAAAGUGUUGCAAGAGAACACAUCAAAAGCAAUGAAGUGUACUCUUGAGUGGAAUGGUGAAUUUGAUUUUGAAGUUAAGGAUAGAUGGAGAAAUACUUUUAUAGUGAAUUUGAGGGAUAAUACUUGUACACGUAGGUCUUGGAUGUUUAAAGGUAUACCUUGUUGUCAUGCCAUAGCUGCACUACACUUUAGAAGGUUAGAACCUAUUAACUAUGUUACUCAUUGGUAUACUAAGGAAACUUACCUCAAAACUUAUAGUUACUUCAUUCAGUCUGUUACUGGUAUGAAAAUGUGACCCAAGUCAACCGAUCUUUCUGUUAUACCACCUACAAUAAGAAAGCUUCCAGGCAAACUCAGUAAAUCUAAAAAAAAAACAGAAUGAAAACAGGACUGAAAAGUUAUCAAAGAGGGGUGUUGAGAUGACCUGCAGCACAUGUCACAACAAGGGUCAUAAUAAAAAGAGUUGUUCAUUGAAUUCAAGUUCCACUAGAACUAGUGUGGCUUCUUCUUCAGCAGCACCAAGCACAAGUAAAAGAAGAGGAAGACCAAAAAAAUCUACAAAGGUAACAUUUUACUUGUAAUUUACUAGUAUUUUAAUUCUCUUUUAUUUGCUUUAAUUUUUUUCUCUCAUUAUAUUUUUUCUUAUGUAUUGUAGGCUGCUGCAGCAACAGCAGCUACUGGUAGAGACAAAAGGAUCACCUGCAGCAACUGCUGUUGCUGCUGUGGGUGUUGAUAGAGAAAAAAAAACUGCAACUUGUGUUGUUGAUAGAGCUAUUGGUAGAGGUAGAGAAACUGGUGCUGCAGUUGUUGGUAGAACUGGUAGAGGUAGAGGAGCUGGUGUUGCAGUUAUUGGUGGAGUUGGUAGAGGUAAAGAAAUUGGUGCUGCAGUUGUUGGUGGAGCAGGUAGAGGUAGAACAACUGGUGCUGUAGUUGUGGGUGAAACUAGUAGAGGUAGAGGAGCUGGUGUUGGUGAUUGUACUGGUACAUCAAGAGGAGAUGGUGUCACUGGUGCUAGCAAAGGUAGAGGGAUACCUUAUGAAAGACCUAGGAUGGUUGGAAUGGGGGUGCUUCAUACAGAGAGUGGCUUUAAAGUCCUCAAUCCUGAAAUGCCUAUGAACUCCACCAUAAUAACUGAAAAUCUUGGACAUCACAAACCAACCUCAGGUGUGAAAUGAAAAGGAAAGAAAGUUGUUACCCAACAAGGACUCGAAGACAUAAGAGCACAAAAAAGAAUGAGGACAAGGUUAAAUGUUGCUAAACUGAAUAAUCUAAGCCAAACAAGUUCAACAACCUUCCAGUAGAAGCCUGAUUAUGUUUUUCUCUUUCUGUAUUGAUGGUGUGUAAUGAAAUAGUAGUGAUUUUAACUUAGCUAGUAGUUCAAUUGUGGUGACUUCAACUAUGCAGCUGUGACUGCACUAAUUUGACAUAUUUUGAAAACAAUGAUGCAGUAGUGACUGUAUUUUUGGCUAAUAUUUCUGUUGAAAUAUCAGCAGUUGUGACUGCAUUUUUUUGGCUAAUGUUUCUGUUGAAAUAUCAGCAGUUGUUACUGCAUUUAUAAUAUGUUAUGCCUACAGUAUUUGGACAUUUUACAACUUCAAAUUGCAAUUUGUUGUCUGCACUUAUUUUUUGGGUACUAAAUGAUUCAAAUAUAAUCAAUUUAACUAUAAAUACUCAAAAAAACGCAAAAUAAGUUAGUUGCACCAUUACAAAAGAUAAACAAACAUGAUUCACUUCAUCUAGCAACCUUUCUCUUCUUCAUAUAUAUAAGAGAAUCCAAAUACAAAAGAAGUUGCACUACUCUAACAUAAUAAUUUACAACACGUCAUAUAACAACAACGUAGUGGUAAAGUAACCUCAUUGAACCAUUUUUCAUAUAGAGCAUCCCAACCAAAUAGAUUAAAGCUAUUACUAAUAUACAACAAAAAAACACAACAAAGAAGUGAGUAUUAUUUCUAGUCCUUCCUUUAGUUAUUCGUCUCCAAUUCUUUUCUUUCUCCUUGAUUUUUUAAAUCUCUUCUUUCAACUUCUCCAAUUUCAUAUUAAUCCCAUUAUCAUCGUGUUUUGAUUCUUUUGGUUUGUCAACUUCUUCUGAAUCUUUCUUGAUUGAUUUGCUCAAUCCAAUCAAUUUCUCAACUUCAUUGAAACAACAAGAUUCAACUACAUUCUCGAGCUCACCUAGUUUUUCUAUUAGUUUAGGAAUCACAUAUUUGGACCUCGGAUCAAUGUCUUCUGAAUCCCUCCAAUGCCAAAAAUCGCAAGAUCUUAGACCCUUCAAUGGUAAUCAAUUCUAUCAAAAUAACAAGAGAAAAUGCAAAAUUUGAUACUUACCCCAUAAUAAGGACAUGACCAAUAUCUUCUAUCGGGAUUACUUGAAGUUCAAGAUGUCUUCAAAUGCAACAAAAUUCCGUGAUUACAAUGAAUAACUUGCUUCAAAGCAGAAUCAUUUUCCUCCAUACAUAGUUUACUCAAGUUAACUGACUUCAUUAUUGUGUGCUACAAGAAAUUUAUUUCAACAAAUAAGAUAAAGAGUAAUUUAGAA